CCCAGAGGAACAUCGAACGCGACCCCUGGUGGCAAGUGUGGCAAAUAAAGAUGGCGGCCUGUGUGACAGAAGGUCCACGGAAAAAUGGAAAACAUGUGGAAAUUGCCAUUGCAGACGACUCUUCUGAGAGUGAGACAGAACCUGAGCCGGCCAAGAGAUUUCACAGGCGUAUAUCAACCAACAGAGAGAUUAAAUCUUCCGUCCAUGAUGCCGACGUAUUGGCAUGCACCAAAGAAGGUCAUUUGAUGAAACAGACAAAUUUUCAGAGGUGGAAAAGAAGAUAUUUUAAAUUGAAAGGAAGAAAACUUUAUUACGCCAAAGACACCAAGUCUGCCAUUUUUGAUGAAAUAGAACUCACAGAUCUCAGUGUAGCGGAAUGUAGCACCAAAAAUAUCAACCACAGUUUUCAGGUUAUAACACCAUUCAGGAACCUAGUUCUGUGUGCAGACAGUAGACGAGAAAUGGAGGAGUGGAUCACGGCCUUAAAAACCGCCACUAACAGGGAAUUUUAUGAUGGCAAUGCCAGCCAGAGAGAGAUGAUGUCUGGUCAACACAAUUGGUACGCCUGUUCUCACGCUCGCCCCACCUACUGCAAUGUCUGCCGCGAAGCUCUGUCAGGGGUAACCUCUCACGGCUUGUCUUGUGAGGUCUGCAAGUUCAAGGCCCACAAGAGGUGUGCUGUGAAGGCCCAGUCAAACUGUAAGUGGACGACCCUCGCUGCCAUUGGGCGGGAUAUCCUAGAGGAUGAAGACGGACUGAUCUCAAUGCCACACCAGUGGUUAGAAGGGAACCUGCCGGUUAGUGCUAAGUGUAAUGUGUGUGAGAAGACCUGUGGCAGUGUGUUAAAACUACAGGACUGGAGAUGUCUAUGGUGUAAAGCUAUGGUACAUUCUAACUGUAAGGACCAGAUGUCCUCAGUGUGUCCCCUGGGUCAGUGUAAACUCUCCAUCCUCCCGCCCACCGCCAUUAACAAUAUUGACUCGGACGGUUACUGGGAAGCCACGCGACCCCCCAGAACAAGUCCGCUACUCGUCUUCGUAAACACAAAGUCGGGAGACAAUCAGGGAGUAAAAUUCUUACGCAGGUUUAAACAGCUUUUAAAUCCUGCUCAGGUUUUUGAUUUGAUGAACGGAGGACCACAUCCAGGUCUGCGACUUUUCCAGAAGUUUGAUCAGUUCCGGAUCUUGGUGUGUGGAGGGGAUGGGAGUGUAGGCUGGGUUCUGUCAGAAAUCGACAAACUUGAUCUCCAUAAACAGUGUCAGAUGGGGGUGCUGCCCUUUGGGACGGGGAAUGACCUGGCCCGGGUCCUGGGCUGGGGCUCCACCUUCGACGCUGACACACAGCUGCCUGUGAUACUAGAAAAAUUAGAACAUUCUCAGAUUAAAAUGUUAGAUAGGUGGAGUAUAUGGACGUAUGAGGGCACGAUGCCCCCGCCUAGAAAACUCUCACAACAGUUUGAUCCGAUAUCAGUGUAUGAAGACUCGGUGGCCAAUCAUCUCUCCAAAAUGUUACAUUCCGAGGACCACGCCAUUGUUAUCUCCUCAGCAAAGGUAUUGUGUCAAACUGUUAAAGACUUUGUAGCCAAGGUUGGAGAGGCCCACGAAAAAGAAGGACAGAAGGAUUCCGAUAUAGCUUUAAAGUGUAAUGUGUUGAAUGAGAAGUUGGAGAGUUUACUGGUAACACUAAAUGAAGAGGCUGAGGCCUCCACAUCUCAGGAAUCAACAAAAUCCCAUCCCCCUCCAGACCAAGAUUCCAACAAUCAGGAUAGAGACACCGUCCCGGGGGUCAUAACCGCCCCUACCAAAACCAAAUCAGCCAUUUUCAAACCCCGAGAUGCCCUUAUGUCCAGAGCAAACAGUCUGAAAAAAGCAAUUCGCCAAAUUAUAGAACAUACAGAACGAGCUGUUGAUGAACAAAAUGCCCAGACAGAGGAACAGUUACAGAGACUGACGGAGUCACCGCUGUACAAGGCCGACAGUACAGAGGUACUGGAGGAGUCCACCACACGCAGAGGUCUGCAGGCAGACUUAGAAACCUCUAGAUCCGCUCCUACAUUCUCCAUAUUCACACUGGAGGCAGCUCCCAAAACUCCCAUAUCAAAUCCCAGAAACCUAGUCCACAUGGACCCUAACCUGAACGUGAAGGACCUAGAUUCCGGGGCCUCCAGAAGAAUCAGCAGUAUGAGCAUGCUCAAUAAAACCGCCAGCGUGGGGUCCAUACUUGGUCAAGACAAAAGUCCGCUAAAGGAACACAGCGCUCCACUGUUUGGUGUACCCUUCCACACCGUCCUACCAGGUUUAAACAGUAACAUUGCGGGGAAGUUGGCUGGCGGGAGUUUUAUCAGUAAGGUCCUGUUGGCUAACGCUGACGCUCUCUGUGCCGCGGCGUCACCACUAGUAGAGGACGAUAUACCAGCGACUGAAUACACUGAGCGCUGUGUUAUGAACAACUAUUUUGGGAUUGGGUUGGAUGCCAAGAUCACUUUAGAUUUCCAGAACAAACGAGAUGAACACCCUGAAAAAUGCAGGAGUCGAACAAAGAACUUUAUGUGGUACGGUGUGUUAGGAGGUAAAGAGCUGGUUCAAAGGUCAUUUAAGAAUCUGGAUCAGAGGGUACAGUUAGAGUGUGACGGUCAACGGAUCCCCCUCCCCAGUCUGCAGGGAAUCGUUAUCCUCAAUAUUCCAAGUUACAUGGGUGGUGCCAACUUUUGGGGAGGAAAGAAAGAAGAUGAUACAUUUCAAGCCCCGAGCUUUGAUGACAAGAUUCUGGAAGUUGUGGCUGUGUUUGGAAGUGUUCAGAUGGCCAUGUCACGAGUGAUAGACAUUCAACAUCACAGGAUAGCACAGUGUCGUCGUGUAAAAAUAACAAUCAUGGGGGAUGAAGCCGUUCCAGCUCAGGUAGAUGGAGAGGCCUGGAUGCAGCCCCCGGGGUACAUUCAUAUCGUCCACAAAAACCGGGCUCAGAUGUUAACCAGAGAUAGGGUGUUUGAGAACACGCUGAAGUCGUGGUCAGAGAAACAGAAGGAGAUUGAGCGGUCAGUCAGUCCACAGCCCACGUCUCUCUCCGAGGAGGAAUCUCUAGUGUUACAGAACUUUGUGGAGGUCGCGUCGUCACUCAUCAAAUGUGUGAAGAUAGCCUCCUUAAACUAUAGUGCUGUAGAACAAGAGUUAUUCCCCCUUGCUACACAGGCAUCUGAAUACAUGGACCGUUUGUUUCCAGCAGGAAAAUUAGCAGAGAUGGAGGCGGGAGAAAUGGAGUCGUAUCAGCCGACUUUGAGGAGCCAGGUGAUUGACUUUGUCCGCAGUGUCCAGCAUCUGAACCACGACACGAGUAACUUCUUAACGGACAAAGCCGCUGUUGUGAGACUGGCACCUGAUAUAUCAGAACGUCUGAACGCUGCACUGGCUCACCUAGAAGUAGAGUUACAGAAGAUAUGCCAGGUCUGCGGAAUUAACUCGACAUUCCAGUACGACCCCUCACAGAUCGCACAAUCACAAGAGGAGUAUGUUGAUUCCAAAUUAAAAUUAGACUCGAACUCGAUAUUGACGGCUCGCUUGGGUGUAAUCAAAGCUGCAAAAGAGAGAAUUUGCUUGGCUAUGUUCACGUACAUUGUGUAUAACUGGACUCCAGAAGACGUGGGACAGUGGCUGGAAUCGCGCUCUCUGGCCGAGUAUAAAGACUCCUUCAUCAGGAACGAGAUACGAGGCACGGAGUUACUUACCCUUGAUAAGGGAGAUUUACAGGAUCUGGGAGUGACUAAGGUUGGACACCUGAAGAGAAUUCAGCAGGGAAUCAAGGAACUGAACAACCGAAUGACGGCGUACGAUAAAUCGCUGGUGUUCGACAAGAAUUCCUCCUGACACCGUUACUAAUUAUAGAACUUAACAACCAAAUGACGGCGUACGAUGAAUCGCUGGUGUUUGACAAGAAUUCCUCCUGACACCAUUACUAAUUAUAGAACUUAACAACCGAAUGAAAGCAUACGAUAAAUCUCUGGUGUUCGACAAGAAUUCCUCCUGACACCGUUACUAAUUAUAGAUCAAGAGAAGAACGUUUAUCUCUCCUUUAUUGCCUUUUUUUUCUAAUUAUUUAUAUUUUGACUUCUGCAUUUAAGGAUUUUUUUUUUUACAUGACAUCUGGGUCUCAGUAGAGAGAGGUAUACGUUGACAAAACAGGGUAUGUGAAGCUUCUCAGAGGACGACUGAUUAAAUUCUAGAAUUGUUGUUUAAAUUUGUUUUCCUGCUCAGCCAGACGAUCGAUACCAAAGAUGAUUAGUGCUGAGCCGGAGGUUCGUUAUCUCUUAUUGGUGCUUAUGGUUGUCUGGAAACAAGAUCAACCCAAAGUUUAUUUUUAGUGCUUAUGUAAUGAAGCAUGUGUCAGGGUUUUUUUUGUGUCAAUCAGAAGGAAUAAAAUCAAUAAUUCUUGUUGCCAUAAACUGUCUUUUCAGUGUAUUAUAUAUUUUUUUUCUAACUAUGAUGUACUUAAAUAGUAGUGGAAUUUUAACAUGUUGAGCAUUAAGUUGGAUACAAUUGUCUCCCUCUCUUGAGAAAUGUAGGGGGCAGGCCUCCAUACUUGUGUUACCACUGUUUACAUAUUUUAUCUUGCCUAAGUCUUUCCGAUUGUCCACAACCAUAGUGUAAUACCUCUGUAUGUGACUGUGUAGUGUGUAGUCGGUACUGCAUCUGUUGACUGUCAUGCUAAAUCCUACAGAGAUCUGUAAACCAGGCAGACUCGUCUUAAAGCCUUAUAACGCUGAUACAUAAUGAUAUAAUAUCAUACAUUUGGCAUAUUCUGCAUCAUGAAACUAUUUUUUGAUUUUGCAACGGGAUAAAUGUUACCAAAAUUGAAAUUGUGAAUAUUUUGAAUUCCCUUUCUUCAGAAAAACAAGAAAAAAUUGAUCGAUCUGUUUGAUCAAAUAACAUAGAUGUAGAUUUUUGUCAAGAAACUUUCUCUUGGUAUUUGCACUUGAUAAUAAGUUCCUUUGAUUCCUGUGGAAUUUCUGGAGAAGAUGAACAACAACAAAUGCAGUAUAUUUUUGUCCAUUUUUACAUUUUUAUAUGUAAUAAAUGUAAGUGUUUUUUUUUUCUUGUUAUUUAUAACUCAUGUCUGCAGAUUAACUAGUAAAUUUUGGAUAAUGUUGAUAUAUUUUGUACAGUUUUUUGUAUUUUUUUAUAUAUAUUUCUUGUUUAAUGCACCAGCUCCCGUUCCUAUGACAUAGAUCUUCCAUGUUACAUACGUCUUUUGUUCUUCCAUCAUCCAUCUCUUAUACCACCUGUUUGCACAAAUCCUGUCUUAUGUAUCUGACAAUUUAUUCAUGGCAAUAUUUCUGUUCAAGUCUCCAACUGACUUUUUCCAUCUUUUGCCAGCCAUAUUUUUUCUUAUCCAAUCCACUGUUCACAAACCCUUGAUCUAAUCAAACAAUUUUUUUUUUUUUGAGAAAUGUGAUUGGUCUUGGUGUUGACCUGUUCAACCAAUCAGCAAGAAUGUAACAAAGCAGUAAUCAAUGACAGUAUCUAGAUACAGAUUUUUUUCUUGACAGUGUGUUUCAGGGAAUAAAAAGCUCAUUUAAACAAAUGAUUGUGAGAUAAGGAAUCUUGGCCACUCUAACUGAAUUUGACGUGGGUAGAGUGUGACCCAGUACAUUGUAUAUGUAUUGCUGAUUAUUAUGUUUUACAGCCCAUUGAUCUUAUUUUGAUCCUUCUUUGCUGAAUGUCAAUAUCAAAAUGCACUUUUAUUUUCAUCUAAUGCAUCCAAUGCAUUCUGUGUUUUCCAAUAUCAUAGUCCUCAACAUUAAUUGCUGUGUUAGGUCUAGAGUUUGUUAAACACUCUUUGAAAACACUUGGCUCCCACUUUCUGAUGAAGAUUUUAAUUAUCAUUCUUUGAUGGGUCACAUGUAUCCCCUUCAUUUUAUAUUUAACAUGUAA